UAUCGUCCGAAUAGCUGCUUGACGACUAUUUAUAUAAAAUGACUUGAUUUUGAUGUUCAGUUGCAUAAACUGCGUCUAAAUUUACAAAUAGACAAGAAAUUUAAGGGAUAUGUUUCGUAUAUACAAAUUCGAGAUACCUGUAGUAAUUCGCCAUUACGGAAAUUAUUGUUAUCGUCAAAGAGCUCAGUGCAAUCACUACGACACAUUACGUAUUUCCCCGAAUGCAACAGAAAGGGAAAUUAAGAAUGCUUAUAUAAAAUUAUCAAAAAAAAUGCAUCCUGAUAAUAGCAGUGAAGGAAAUCAUGCAGAUUUUGUGAAGAUUAAUGAAGCUUACACAAUUUUAAGUAAGAAACACACAAGAAGAGAUUAUGAUAUGAGUUUAAAGCAUUAUUAUCCUUACACUCAUCAUCCUUUUCGUCAGCAUAAUGGAAAUGAUACUUGGAGACCUAAUCCUACAUAUGCAGAUUGGGGAUUUAAAGAAUAUUCAACAAAUCAUAAGUAUGAUCCUGUAUAUCUAAGGAAAGCAGUUAUAUAUUGUAUAAUAUUCAUAAUAAUCGGGACAGUUCUACAAAUUUUAAUUAUUGAGCGGUAUUUGGUUAUUAACAGAAUUGAAAUAAUAAGGAGAAGUAUGAAAUAUCAACUGGAAUAUGAAAGAAUCAAAGCAGAAGCUGAAGGGAAAACAGUAGAGGAGCAACUAAAAAAUAUCAUGGAAUCAAAGAAUAAUCAUGAAUCAACAUUCUGGAGUAAAUAA